UAGGUGCUAAAUUGAACCCCUGAUAAGUCUGGGCUCCAAGGAAACACCUACCAUAGCAAAGUUGAAAAAUUUAUCUCUGGUAGACGUUUUACCCAAACAUGUAAAUCAACUCACAAAUCAAGUACUAUCAGUGGAUUGUGUUUACAGAGUCGCUAUGUGUGUGUGUGAGUUUGUGUGUGUCAUGGGACAAAGUUCCCAAAGCUCAGUAAUGUUUAACAGAACAGUUUUGGGUGAGAUCACCGAACACUGGGUAUGAAGAAGAAACAGCAUGGUUAAUAUGCAUCCACUUUGUGUGUUUAUGCACAGGAACACCAGACUGAGGCUUUUCUGCCAUACAAUAGUUGACUGGCUGGACUGACAUAUUAAAUAUGGAGAUUCUUCCUCUGUUAGUGCUUGUUCUUUCAUGGUGGACUGAAGCUGCCAGAACACAGAUGAAGCUGACUCCUGCAAGCCUGACGGUUGUUGGAGGAGACGAGGCCAAAUUUAGGUGCAGCACCUCCAAUACUGCUUGGACUGUUAUGACAUGGCUGCUAGGAAAUAGACCAGUACUAACUAUCGACAAGCUGAAUGGUGUUUUACCUACUGUCAACCCGAACAUGACAGCUGUAAAAUGUUCCAAAUCAAAUACAGAAUGCUGGGAGUUUAUCCUGAGACACACAGAGAGGAGCAACCAAGGACAAGUUGCUUGUGAUCUGCAGCUCAUUGAUAGAAGGACAGCAGAGCUGUUUGUUCAAGAAAAGGGCAAUGUGAAGGUCUUCGGAGAGAACCGGUUGGCAUUUAAAGGGGAGCUGGUCCUGUUUCAGUGCCAAGCAGCGGGAUGGUACCCUGAACCCACUCUUCAAUGGCAGGUACAUGACAAAAAGGUGAGUCGGGACGAAUACAACAUCAGCACAGAGGAGAAGGAGAAUCUCUUCGCUGUCUCCAGCAACCUUAGCAUCCAGGCCGGGAGGAGCUCUGUGGUUGGCUGUCUGGUCUCAGUGUCUGCCCUCAAAAAACCUCUGGAGAGCAGCGUCAACCUAACAGUGGUCGCAGAGGUGUUGGAGGAAGAGGAUGACUGCACAAUCCUUGUGGCAGUAACUGCGUCUCUCGCUGCUCUUCUGCUGCUUGUGCUGCUCUCCAUCUGCACUGUCCUCUGCUACAGGCAUAGCAGAAAAGCAAAAAAACCCCCACAGGAGGUAUUAAGGUCCGACCAAUCGGGGUUUUGGGAAAGUUCAGUUGCUGAGGCGACAGGAGGGAAUGUCAACCAGGGGUUUUCCAGCGAGAGCACAACCGAUGUGGACAGCAGUGAGAUUAUCAUCGGAACUCGUAGCCAGAUGAGUUUUGACACCUUCCGCAAGGUCCCUGAUGUUGUACGCUCCAGCAGCAUCUCUUUGGACACUGAGGGCCGAAACACAGAGUUUCAAGAAGACAACACAUGUAGCAAUGUCAGAAGAAUUACCACUGUUUAAACACUUUUAUUUUGUAGUAUUCACUAUGUUGGAUUUACUCCUCCCAUUCCGCUAGGGGGCUCUGUAGUUACUUUGCAUUGGUAUGGGAGGGGAGGUGAAAGAAGAGAAGAAACUUACGGCAGGCCUGAGACUGCCGUUAGCUGAAGCUAACAAGCUGAAUCUACCAUAAAAUCACAUCCUACUGGCGUUCAUGAGUGUUUCCCAACGUGGUGAGUUAUAUUAAUGCUGUAAGCUGUGGGGAGAUGAGUUUUUUUUAUCUGUUCUAAGCGUGAGCUUGCUGAAUUUGCUAGCGCUAAUUAGCCCAAUGCUAGCUGCGUUUGCUGCACUGUGAUAGUUGAAUGCCGAUGUUUGUUAUAUUACGAAGUGUUCUAAGAGUAAACUUUGCCUUAUAACCGGUUAGUAAAGGCAAGCCUAGCUCCUAAAUCUAUGUUUAAGUUUGUGUUUAUUGAAUAUUGCAAUACUAAGUAUUGAUGUUUAGUUUUUACUUUAUUUACAGUUUAACCGGCACAUCCGUGUAAAAGCACUCGGCAAUAAAAUUAACAACAACAACAACGGCUAUCUUAUGUUCUCUGUAACACACUUGUAGUGUUUUAUAUUUUUUUUAAAGCACAAGGAUAAAAUGACAUUAAACUUGCUGUUCUUCAAUAAAUAAUUAUU